GUCAAAUUUAGAUUUAGAUUUAGAUUCCCCUCAUUAAUCUGGUUCACGUUGAUGGUGCUUUGCUUAGUCUCCGAGUCUCUGAGUCUCUGCCUAUAUCUACCUGUGUGUUAAACGUUUCCUCUGUGUCAUUCACUCAUUUGGGUUUUCUCUGAACUCAACAAUGGAGAAGAUGGACUCCGAUUUGAAGGAGUUUGAGUCGAAAGAGAGGAGUGUAUGCAAACAACUGGAGACUUUACAGUCUCAAUCUUCGUCUAUGCUUCGGUUUUCUCUGCAGUGGAAGGAAUUACAGGACCGUUUGAAGUCGACACAGGCCCAAAUCCAGACCCAGUUGGAGGAGGUAAAGAGGUGCGAGGCUGAGAAGGUGAGGCUGAUGACGGAGGUGGAGACGAAAGCCAAGGAGGUGCGGAAAGUGGAGGAGUUGAUUGAUCAAGGUAAGACUCAUCUGAAUUAUCUUGAGUCAUUGAUUGAGCAAAAGGGUCAUGAGGUUGGUGAAUGUGGUGAAAAAGAUGAGGAUAGGGAUAGGGAGUUGAGUGUGGCCAUGGUGGAAGAUAGGGUUGAGGAUGGUGGGAAUAUAAUUGAUUUGGUGAUGAAGAGGUUGAAGGAGGCUGGGUUUGAUGAGGUGAGCGAAGUGGAAGUGGCGAAGGGAGUGUUGGAUAAAUAUUGUGGCGAAAUCGAGUCGAAGAUGAGGGAGUUGAGUGUGAUUUUGGGGGAGAUUGAGGAGAAGAGGGAGGAGUUGGGUUUGCAAGAAGAGCAAAUUAGGGUGGUGAAGAGUGCUAUUGAGGGAUGUGAUAAGGAAAUGAAGCAGAAAGAGGAGAAGCUGAAUUUGAUUCAGAAAUCGAUAGAGGAAUGCGCGAAUGUGUUGGAUGAGAAGGGGGAGAUUGUUAGGGAAAUGAGUGAGGAAGUGGAGGAAUUUCGUGUGCGUAGGAAGGAAAUGGAUGAGUUGAAAUGUAAACUUGAGGCGAAAGAGAGUGAGCUGGAGAGAUGGGCAGUGGCCCUUGCAUUGAAAGAGAAACAAGUUAAAUCGAAAAGUAAGGAACUUAGUUUGACUGAAAAGAGGGUCGUGGAAAGCCUCAGUGAGGUUCAGAUGAAAGAAAAGGGUUUUGAUGAGCAGAAAAAACUGAUAGAAGAAGGUAGAAAGCAUUUGGAUGUAGUCUCCAAUAAACUACAAAUGAAAGAGUGGAGACUUCGUAAACAAGGAAAAGACCUUAAAUUGGAAAAACAAGUAUUGGAGUCGAAUAAAAAAUCCACUAAAGAACACAAUAAACAGGGUCCGAAAUCGCAAGAGGAGCCUAACGCCCUCCGUUCUGAAUCUGAAAUAACUUGGGAUGGUAUAGGCUUGCAGAGGUUCAUGAGUGGGCAGUUGCAGAGAAUAGAUUUAAUGGGUAGCAAAAUGUCAGCUGUUCUUCAAGGCUCAUCAGACCCGGCUAAAUUAGUGUUGGCUGCAAUGCAAGGAUUUUACAGGUCAAAUUCAAAUACGGAAAGCAGGGAGAUUGAAUUUGAUUUGGAAAUUACUAGAAGGAGUUGCAUUCUAUUGCUGGAGGAGCUGAAGAGUAUGUCAGCACAAAUCAGUCCUCCAGUGAAAGAAGAAGCCAUGAAGUUGGCCACUGAGUGGAAGUCUAAGAUAGCAGAGACGACUAAUAAUAGAGUAGAGAUAUUGGGGUUUCUGCAGCUUGUUACUACUUAUGAGUUGACCUCUCUUUAUGAUGCAAAGGAACUUCAAAGUCUUUUAGCUUUAAUUGCUCCGCUUAAACAAGCAACUGAAUGCCAGGCCCUUGCUAUCUCUGAUAAGCCAUCUGGAAUCAGUAUGUGUCCUCCUGUGAAAGAUGAGGAACAAGAAUCUUCACUGGCCAGAAAUGCAGUAACUUCUUCGAAUCUUCAACCAAGUGCCAACGUACAUGCAAGGAAUUCUCCAGGGUUCGUAAAUGAUCAAUUGGCUUGGAAACAUUCAAUUCUGAACAAAAUUUUUGUUGCUCUUGAAAAGUCAUCGAAUUUAAACCCAGCAAAAAUUUUGUUGGAUUUGAUGCAAGUAUCCUAUGCUGGAUACUGGACACAAGGAAAUGCUGGUUUUGAAGCAACUGCCAUGAAGAGCUUCAUUUCCCUAUUGGAGACUGUAAGAAGAGCCCAACCGCAUGUUGGAACUCAGUUGAAAGAGGAUGCAGCACAGUUAGCUGUACAAUGGAAAAAGAAACUGACUGAUGCUGAAAAUCCCCUAGAUAUCUUGGGUUUCUUGUUGUUUAUAGCUACAUAUGGGUUAGUUUCUACGUUCAAGACAGAUGAGCUUGCAAAGCUUUUUGGGCUGAUUUCUCGGCAUACACAUGCUUUAGAACUAUGUCAGACAAUUGGUUAUGCACAGAAAUUCCCUGAUUAUAUUCUGGAUCUUGUUCAAAGCAAACAACUAGUUGAGGCUGUCAGAUUAAUUUGCACCUCCAAAUUAACCGACAAAUUCCCCCCAGCACCACUGUUACGUGAAUAUGUGGAGGAUUCAUUGAAUCGUUGCAGUAAAAUUUGCACGACAAAGAUAUCACUUGAUGAAAAGGAUAAGGUUGUAGACGGCCUAAUAGCUGAUCUAAGAUCUGUGAUCCAAUGCAUCAACAAAUACAAUCUCGAGUCUGAAUACCAAUCCGCACAUGUUGAAAUACAAAUAGAUGAGCUGAAAAAACUAAAGGAGAAUUGGAGACUGUCGGCACAAUCUCUUGCCUCCCAGGUUGAACCACAAAAGAGUAAAGGGAAGAAGCGUAGUUGUCCUAGCACUCCUACAUCCAUGUUUCAACCACAACAGCAGCUUGGACAUAAUGGUCAGCUGACAGCCAUAUCAGCUGCUAGACCGCCAUCCUAUCCAUUGCCUACUUGUAUCCCAAGCUAUCCACAGUCACAUUCGUCAUCUGUGCUGAAAACAAAUUUUGGGAUUCCCGGGCAGUUUACUAUGCCUGCCAAGAGCCACCCAAUUGCUGUCAAUAUUGGAGGGCCGUUCAUGCCAACUAUGAAGCGCCCGUGUAUGAUGCAUACCAGAUACCCAGCCUCAGCCCCAGCUCCUGCUCCGGCUCCAGCUCCGGCCCCGGCUCCAACCCCAGUGCCAAUGCACACUGCUAAUUUCCGUGUACCAUGCAAGUUUCCUCACCCUAAUAUGAUGCAGUUUCGGAAGUAGGUAGCCUACUUUGCUGACCACAGUUUGGGAGAACACACACCC